AUGAAAAGAGAUUUCAAUAAAAAUAAAUUUAAUUUAUCAACAAAGUUGAAAACCCACUCUGAUUGUGAUUUCAAGUUUUAAACUCCUGAAAAAUUACUGCUUAUUAAAUAUUCUGAAAAUUUUAAAACUACUUAAAAUUAUUAGUUAGUUUAAACUUUAUAUAAAACUCACAAUUUUGAAUACUCAUCUCUAAAUUACUAAAUCAAGUCAAAGAAAUUACAAUUUGAAAAAAUAAAACAAUAAUUUCCUAAAUUUACAAUUUCUUAAGUAUAUAUAAAAACUCUUAAUUUUAGAAUAAUAAGACGGGUCAUAAACUUUAAAGAAAUUCUUGUCCCAGAUUAUCUACUUCUCUAGAAUUCUAAGUUUAAACUUAAAAGAAUUACAAUAAAUAUUUAAUAUAGCCAUAAAUGAUCGAAUAAAAUAAAAAUAAUUAAACAAAAUUGUACAUCACAAAUUCUUUAACUAAGGAAUCCAAUAUUAUCCAACGAAGUCUUUUUUGAAAAAUAAACUGAAUCGUAUUUCUAAUAUCCACUACAUCCAUUGCCAAAAACUACUUAAUCAUAUCAAAAAUAAUAUUCUGCUUUCAUCAAAAAGUAAAAUUAUUUUGAUUAUUUAGUAAAGGACCUAAAAUUGGAGAUGUUACUUAAAUGAAGAAUUGGCGAUAAAGUGUUUUAAAAAAAAUAAAUCAAUGUAAAAGCUAAUUGUAGAACUGA